CACCGCAGCGAGGGAGGCAGCAGCAGCGCCGCGGCAUGUUUCUGUCCGCACACCGGCCUUUCACACUGUUUGGGAGGAUUUUAUCGAGGACGACGCGAUGUCUGAGGUGCGGAAAUUCACCAAGAGGUUGAGCAAGCCGGGCACGGCGGCGGAGGUGCGGCAGAGCGUGUCGGAGGCUGUGAGGAGCAGCGCAGACCCCGUGGAGCAGCCAAAGAUCAUUGAGCCGCUGGACUACGAGGCCGUGGUGUUUCAGAGAAAGGCUCAGAUCCACAGUGACCCCCACAGAGACCUGCUGCUCUGCCCCGUCGAUGACCUCUCGGAGUCCCAGAUCUCCCGGCAGAGGAGGACCGUCGUUCCUUCAGUUCCCCAGAAUGCCGACCGGGAGGCCAGGAGUCUGUUUGCCAAAGAGUGCAUCAAGAUGUACAACACCGACUGGCACGUUAUCAACUACAAAUACGAGGCUUACUCGGCCGAUUUCCGCAUGUUGCCAAGCAAAGGCCUGAAGACUGACAAGCUGCCAGCUCACACGUUUGAGAUCGAUGAAGAUGCCAAAGACGAGGACACCGCGUCGCUGUGCUCUCAGAGGGGAGGCAUCAUGAAGCAGGGCUGGCUUCAGAAGGCCAACAUCAACAGCAGCCUGUCUGUCUCCAUGCGGGUGUUCAAAAGGAGGUACUUCUACCUGUCUCAGCUCCCUGACGGCUCCUACAUCCUCAACUCCUACAAAGAUGAGAAGAACUGCAAGGACACCAAAGGCUCCAUUUACCUGGACUCCUGUAUCGAUGUCGUUCAGAGCCCGAAAAUGCGGCGCAAUGGCUUCGAGCUAAAGAUGCAGGAUCGCUACAGCCACUUCCUGGCUGCAGACAGUGAAGCAGAGAUGGAGGAGUGGGUUUCCACCAUCAAACUGGCCCUGCAGAGCAGCAGCGAGGCCGGCCAGGAUAAGAGGAACGGAGCAGAGUCUCUGGACUCCGCCACAGAUGACGACACCGUCAGCCAAGGCAAAGCGGAGAGCCCGCAGGAGAUCCAGGGGCGGAGCUUACACACCGAGCUCAUGAAGUAUGCAAGGGAGACGGAUCAGCUCAAUAAGAUCAACAGGAAUGAAGGCAGACAAAAGCUUUUCUCCCUGGAUCCUGAAACGCAGAGGCUGGACUUCUCGGGCAUCGAGCCAGACGUGAAGCCGUUUGAAGAGCGCUUCGGCCGCCGCAUCAUGGUCAGCUGCCACGACCUCACCUUCAGCCUGCAGGGCUGCGUUAACGAGAAGGCCGACGGCGUGCUCACCAAUGUGGAGCCAUUCUUCAUCAGCCUCGCUCUCUUCGACGUUUCCAAGAACUGUAAGAUAUCGGCCGACUUCCACGUUGACCUGAACCCGCCGUGUGUCCGGGAGAUGCUGAGCGACGCCUCGGGCCAAGCCUCCCCUUCGUCGGACUCUGAGGGGGGAGUCGGAGUCAGGGCGGGGGUCAUGGUGAACGGAGACUCAGGGAAGGGGAACGGUCUGCCUGCCCUGCAGAGGGUGCCGGAGGCUCUGCUGCGCUUCCCCACGCAGGGUAUCUUUUCAGUGACCAACCCCCAUGCAGAUAUCUUCGUGGUGGCUCGUAUAGAGAAGGUGUUGCAGAAUGGCAUCACCCACUGUGCUGAGCCGUACACCAAGACCUCCGACACCAACAAGAUGGCUCAGAAAGUGCUCAAAGCUGCCAAACAGACAUGCCAACGCUUGGGUCAAUACAGGAUGCCAUUUGCUUGGGCUGCCAAGCAGGUGUUCAAAGAUGCUCAGGGCAGCCUGGACAUGGAUGGGAAGUUUUCUCCUCUCUAUCGUCAGGACAGCAGCAGAGUCUCCACCGAUGACCUCAUCAAGCUGCUGGCGGACAUCAGGAAACCUGAGAAGAGCAAGCUUCAGACCAUCCCUGGUCAGCUGAAUGUCACCAUUGAGUGUGUUCCACCUGAUUUUUCAAAUACUGUGACCUCCUCUUACAUUCCUGUCAAGCCCUUCGAGGAUGGUUGUGAACGUGUCUCUGUGGAAAUCGAGGAGUUCCUCCCAGUGGAAGCCAAGUACAACUAUCCAUUCACUACCUACAAGAACCAGCUCUACGUCUUCCCCCUGCAGCUCAAAUACGAUAACCAGAAGACCUUCACUAAGGCUCGAAACAUCGCAGUCUGCAUUCAGUUCAGGGAUUCAGAUGAAGAAGGCGCGGCCCCUUUAAAGUGCAUCUACGGCAAGCCGGGAGACUCUCUCUUCACCAGCAGUGCCUACGCAGCCGUCUUGCACCACAACCAGAGCCCGGAGUUCUAUGAUGAGGUCAGGAUCGAGCUGCCGGUCCACGUGCACGAGAAACACCACGUCCUCUUCACCUUUUACCACAUUAGCUGUGAGUCCAGCAGCAAGGCCAGUAGCAAGAAGAGAGACGGGGUCGAGUCGCUGGUUGGCUACUCGUGGAUACCUAUGCUAAAAGAUGGGAGGAUGCAAUCGUCAGAGCUUCCGUUACCCGUAGCCGCUACGCUGCCUGCUGGAUAUCUUUGUCAGGACAGCAAAAAGUCUCAACCGGACAUCAAGUGGGUGGAAAAUGGCAAGACGCUGUUCAAAAUGAGAAUCCAUGUAGCAUCAACUAUAUACCCUCAGGACCUCCAUCUACACAAGUUCUUCCAGCACUGCCAGCUGAUGAGGACGACGCCAGAGGCCAACCCUGCAGAACUUAUCAAGUACCUGAAGUGCCUGCAUGCCGUGGAGACGCACGUCAUCAUCACCUUCUUGCCAACGGUGCUGAUGCAGCUGUUCGAGGUGCUCGCAGCAGCCACCAAAGAAGCCCACGAGAUCGCCGUCAACUCUCUACGUGUGAUCAUACAUAUAGUCUCCCGCUGUCAAGAGGAAGGACUGGAACAAUACCUGCGCUCUUUCGUUAAGUACGUGUUUGUGACGAGCCCACGAGCGUCAGGGAGCUCGUCGACCACUCACGAGGUGCUAGCUACUGCUGUGACGGCCGUCCUCAAGCAAACUGCUGAUUUCCACACCAGCAAUAAACUGCUGAAGUACUCCUGGUUCUUCUUUGAAAGUAUGGCAAAAUCCAUGGCCCAGUAUCUGCAGGAGGAGAACCGCAUGAAGAUGCCACGGGCCCAGCGCUUCCCUGACAGUUUCCACCAGGCGCUCCAAUCCCUGGUGCUGUCCAUCAUGCCACACAUCACCAUCCGCCACAUGGAGAUCCCCGAGGAAGCCCGAUGCAUCAACCUGAGCCUGGCCAACUUCAUCAAGCGGUGCCUGACCUUCAUGAACAGGGGAUUUGCCUUCGGCCUGGUCAACCACUACAUGUGUCAUUUCAACCUCAAAGAUCCAAGGGUGCUGAGUGAAAUGAAGUUUGAAUUCCUGAUGACGGUGUGCAACCACGAGCACUUCAUCCCUCUCAACCUGCCCAUGGCUUUUGGGCGCACCAAGCUGCAGCGGGUCCAAGAGCAGAGUCUGGAGUUCAGCCUGACAGAGGAAUACUGCCGUAACCACUUCCUGGUGGGUCUGCUGCUGAGAGAGGUGGCCGAGGCCUUGCAGCAGGGGCCGGAAGUCAGACAAGUAGCGGUGAGCGUUCUCAAGAACCUGCUCAUCAAACACGCCAUGGACGACCGCUACGCUGCAUACAAGAACCAGCAGGCCAGGAUCUGCUUGCUGUACCUGCCGCUGUUCGAGCUGCUGUACCAGAACCUGAAGCAGCUUUCUGCUCAGCCGCGCUCCUCCAGCCCCGGGCUCGGCUUCAACGGCUCCAGAGAUGACCUAAUAUCAACCACUUCCAUAGACAGCAGGAGAGUCAGCACCACUAUUGACAAAGACCACGGUCUCCCAGCUCAGAACGGCCAUGUUGUGAGGAGAGAGGACUCCAGAAGCUCUCUGUUUAUGGACCCUGGAACUCCCGACAGCAUCGAGCUGCAGCGGCGCGCCUCCACCAUGAGCAGCAGCCCCAUGCCGCCCAUCGGCAGACUGGGACGGUAUGAAAUCAAGGGCCUCCUGCUCUGCUUCCUGCACAUUGUCAAGACCUUGUCAGAGGACACUCUGACGGCUUACUGGAAUAAAAUCAGCCCUCAAGACAUCAUGAACUUCCUCAGCUUACUGGAGGUCUGUCUUGUUCAGUUUCGUUACAUUGGAAAGAGGAAUAUUGGCAGGAGCCAAGACGUGUGCGUGUCGAAACUCUUCUCCUCAGACAGGAAGUCUCAGACGAUGCCGGCCAUCCGCUGCAACCGAGCCAGCCUCCUGCAGACCAAGAUACUGCAGUUCAGCACCAUGGAAACCUCCCUCACCCUCAAUAUGGGGACGGGGCCGUCAGAGGCAGAAAUCCACCAUCAGGCUCUGCUAGAGGGAAACAUCUGCACGGAGGUGUGCCUCAGUGUCUUGGACGUUCUUUCUCUUUUCACUCAGUAUUUUAAGACCCAGAUGCUGGACAGCGAAGGUCACAAUCCCCUGAUGAAGAAGGUGUUUGACAUUUACCUGACCUUCCUUAAAGUCAGCCAAUCAGAGGCUGCAUUCAGACACGUCUUUGCUGCGCUGCGGGCUUUCAUCAACAAGUUCCCGUCGGGGCUCUUUAAAGGACGCGUGACGCUGUGCGAGGCGCUCUGCUGCGAGGUGCUCAAGUGCUGCGUCUCCAAGCUGGGCUCUCUGAGGGCCGAGGCGUCGGCGCUGCUCUACAUGCUCAUGAGGAACAACUACGAGUACACCAAGAGGAAGACCUUCCUCCGCAUGCACCUGCAGAUCAUCAUCGCCGUCAGCCAGCUGAUCUCCGACGUGGCGCUGACGGGCAGCUCACGCUUCCAAGAGUCCCUCUCCAUCAUCAACAACUUUGCAAACAGCGACAAGGCCAUGAAGUCCACAGCGUUUCCUUCGGAAGUGAAAGGCCUGACCAAGCGGAUCCGGACCGUUCUGAUGGCCACGGCCCAGAUGAGGGAGCAUGAGAGAGACCCGGAGAUGCUGCUGGACCUCCAGUACAGCCUGGCACGCUCCUACGCCAGCACUCCUGAACUCAGGAGGACCUGGCUGGACAGCAUGGCCAGAGCGCACCUCAAGAACGGGGAUCUGUCUGAGGCUGCCAUGUGUUACGUUCACAUAGCCGCGCUGGUGGCAGAAUACCUGUACAGAAAAAAGUUGUUCCCGAGUGGUCUUGCAGCUUUUAAGAAGAUCACCUUCAACAUCGACGAAGAAGCCGCGAUGAAAGAAGACACCGGAAUGCAGGACGUCUACUACUCCGAGGAAGUCCUGGUUGAACACCUGGAGGUCUGCAUCGAGGCUUUGUGGAAAGCCGAACGCUAUGAAGUCAUCACACAUAUCGCUAAACUCAUCGUCCCCAUCUACGAGAAGCGCCACGAGUACGAGAGACUCAGCCGGCUGUACGACACGCUGCACAGAGCCUACAACAAGAUAAUGGAGGUGACACAAUCGGGCCGCAGGCUCCUAGGAACCUACUUCAGGGUGGCUUUUUAUGGACAGGGCUUCUUCGAGGAAGAGGAUGGGAAGGAAUAUAUUUACAAAGAGCCCAAACUCACCGGGCUGUCAGAAAUCUCCCAGCGGCUGCUGACCCUCUACGGGGACAAGUUUGGUCAAGAAAGCGUCAAGAUAAUUCAGGACUCCAAUAAGGUCAACCCCAAGGAGCUGGAUCUCAAGUUCGCCCACAUCCAGGUGACGUUCGUCAAACCGCACUUCGAGGAGAAGGAGGCGCCGGAGAAGAAGACGGAUUUUGAGAAGUGCCACAACAUCAACCGCUUCGUGUUCGAGACGCCAUACACGCUGUCGGGGAAGAAACACGGCGGCGUGGAGGAGCAGUGCAAGAGGAGGAUCGUCCUCACAACUGCCAACACUUUCCCGUAUGUGAAGAAGCGUGUGGAGGUGGUGGGGGAGAAACAGGUGGAGCUGAAGCCGGUCGACGUGGCCAUCGACGAGAUGAAGGCUCGGACGGCGGAGCUGAUCAAACUCUGCUCCACCCAGGAGGUGGACAUGAUCCAGCUGCAGCUCAAACUGCAGGGUUGUGUCUCCGUGCAGGUUAAUGCAGGUCCCAUGGCUUACGCAAGAGCAUUCCUGGACGAGGGGAAAUCAAACCAGGCUGCUAGCAAGAAAGUGAAAGAGCUCAAAGACAUUUUCAGGCGCUUCGUCGAGGCUUGCAGCAUGGCCCUGGACAUAAACGAGCGUAUCAUCAAAGAGGACCAGUUUGAGUACCACGAAGGUCUGAAGUCCAACUUUAAAGAAAUGGUAAAGGAGCUGUCAGACAUCAUCCACGAACAGAUCUACCAGGAGGGCAUGAUGCGCUCCCUCAUACAGAACUCCCUCCAUGUGUUUCGAGCCAUCAGCGGGACGUCCAGUGACCUGGGCUGACCCGGGCUGACCCGGGCUGAGCCAUCAAUCUCCCCGAGCUCCCUCCUCGCCAAGCCUGCUGCCAUUAUGAAUAUCCUUCCACUUCCCCCUUGAGGACCUGAAUCUGGUGAUAAGAAGGCAGCCGCUUGGCUGUCUUCAGCAUCUGUGCUUGAAUGUGAAGUGGAAGGGUGGGGGUGAACAAUGGCAGGACAGAGAGAUCACCGUGACGCCACAGGAGCAGUAUUUUUUUGAGAAUGUUUUACGGCGACACCGACUCAAUGUGUGCAUGUCUGGUUUCGGUGUUCGGCUGAGUUAUUCGAGGUUGAAAUGCACUUUUUUCUUCUGUCUUGGCAACAAAAUUGCAGGAGUGACUUUUCGUUCUGGACUAAACAAUUCCCUGCCACUUCUCUGCCAACGUUGCCCCGAAAAUCUAUGCAGGAGACCAUUUCAAGACAUUAGCAUCAUCUGUUCUACCGCAGUGAUGUCGACCUGCAGGCUGGGACAAAUGUACCAACUAUAUAUGCAUCCAAAUGAAAAAGAGUUGAGCUAAUCUGUCAUGUCAAGGGUCGUUAUACGCCAGCCGUGCAUUCCAGCAAUUUUAAGAGAUAAGUCGCCUCUAAAAGGAAGGAGCUGAAUGUGAACGCGGCAACAGGGCAGUAUCCUGUUUAUGGCGGGCCUUUUCUGGCUGCACUUCAGC